CCUACAGCCCGUCUUGGGCGUAGAGGCCGGUGGAACCCCAAGGGUGCAGCGGGUUCAGGAGCCGAGAGCCGGCAGCGGAGCAGGGACAGGGCGCCGAGGGCGCGCGUGCGGGCGGGCUCCGCCUCGGCCGGCUUUCCCCCGCCGCCCGCCCCUCCCCCCACAGCCGGCCGCCGGGGCGCGCGCCUCGCCGAGCUGCCUUCCGCCCCAAACCGCGGGCCCCCCACGCCCCGCGGGGCCUGCCGAGCUCCGAGGCCCCGUGAGAGCCCGCCGAGCGGUUCCGGGGGUAGGGUUCACAGGUCAGAGUUGACUCCCUGAAAAGUGCCGCCGCUUGGAAAUGCAAGAUGGCGGCGGCGGGGCGCUGAGAGGCGCGGCGGCCCCCGCAGGAGAUGGCAGAUAGGUACUUUGGACCUGUCGGUAAUGAUGGCCUGAGCUAAACACCUAAUUUGAAGGGACACCCUUCCGUGUCAGAGCACAGAAUGCUGAGGAAGCUAUGGCAAGUGAUUGGAGUUGUGCUUCAAAAAUUUCAGCAGUUCAACAAUAUUUUAUCUGCCAACAAUAAAUUCUUUACUUGAUUGCACCAUGAAAAAGCUGCUAAUGAGACUUGUUGAGCAUAAAAACGGACCUGAAGAACCAAAAGCCAUUGUUUUCAAAUGAAGAAUACUGAAUAGUUUUAAGCCUCAGUGCUUUUUAAUCACCACUGAGAUUUCCCCCAUAACAUCAGAAUGGCAAGCAGGCGAAAAUCAACAACACCCUGCAUGGUCCUUGCCAGUGAACAGGAUCCAGACCUCGAGUUGAUAUCAGAUUUGGAUGAAGGGCCUCCUGUACUCACGCCUGUAGAAAACAGCAGAGCAGAGAGCGUCUCGAGUGAGGAAGAAGUUCAUGAACCUGCGGAUUCUGACAAUCAGCAAAAUAAAAAAGUUGAAGGUGGUUAUGAAUGUAAAUAUUGUACUUUUCAAACUCCAGACCUAAAUAUGUUUACUUUCCAUGUGGAUUCAGAACAUCCCAACAUAGUGCUAAAUUCCUCCUACGUUUGUGUCGAAUGUAAUUUUCUCACCAAAAGGUAUGAUGCACUUUCUGAGCAUAAUCUGAGGCACCACCCAGGAGAAGAGAAUUUUAGGUUGACUAUGGUGAAACGAAAUAACCAGACAAUCUUUGAACAAACUAUAAACGAUCUGACUUUUGAUGGUAGUUUUGUUAAAGAGGAGAACUCAGAGCCCGCUGAAUCUACAGAUGUUUCUUCUUCAGGAAUUCCUAUCAGUAAAACUCCCAUCAUGAAAAUGAUGAAAAAUAAAGUGGAGAACAAGCGUAUUACAGUUCAUCAUAACUCAGUUGAGGAUGUUCCUGAAGAGAAAGAGAAGGAGAUCAAACCAGACCAUGAAGAAAGUGUGGAAAGUCCUAGUUCUUCAGCUUCUGACUCUAAUACCAGUACUUCCAUUGUCAACAGAAUACACCCAAAUGCUGCCAGCACGUUAGUCACCCCGGCAGCAGUUCUUCCUGGACUAGCACAGGUGAUAACCGCUGUGUCAGCUCAGCAGAAUUCCAAUUUGAUUCCCAAAGUCUUAAUUCCUGUUAGUAGCAUUCCUACCUACAAUGUUGCAUUGGAUAACAACCCCCUUUUGCUUAACACCUACAAAAAAUUCCCUUAUCCAACCAUGUCAGAAAUUACUGUUCUUUCCGCUCAAGCAAAAUAUACAGAGGAACAGAUCAAGAUAUGGUUUUCAGCCCAACGUCUAAAACAUGGUGUGAGCUGGACUCCUGAGGAAGUAGAGGAGGCAAGAAGAAAGCAAUUCAAUGGAACAGUACACACUGUACCUCAGACCAUAACUGUUAUUCCAACACACAUUUCCACAGGGAGUAAUGGCUUACCAUCCAUUUUACAGACAUGCCAAAUAGUUGGUCAGCCAGGUCUGGUUCUUACACAAGUAGCUGGAACAAACACCUUGCCGGUAACAGCACCGAUAGCCUUGACAGUGGCAGGGGUGCCAAAUCAAAGCAGUGUACAGAAAAGUCAGGCCCCUGCUGCUCAGCCUCCUGCAGAAACAAAACCAGCAGCAGUAGCAGCAGCAGCGGCAGCAGCAGCUGUCCCAGCAGCAGUCCCAGCAGCAGUCCCAACAGCAGUCCCAACAGCAGUCCCACCUUCUCAGCCUGUCAAACACGAAACUGCACUGGCAAACCCCGAUUCAUUUGGCAUUCGGGCAAAAAAGACUAAAGAGCAACUGGCAGAAUUAAAAGUCAGCUACCUUAAAAAUCAGUUUCCUCAUGACUCAGAAAUUAGCAGACUUAUGAAAAUCACAGGCUUGACAAAAGGAGAGAUUAAAAAAUGGUUUAGCGACACGAGGUACAACCAGAGAAAUUCAAAGAGUAAUCAGUGCUUACAUCUCAACAACGAUUCCUCCACUCCCAUUAUUAUAGACUCCAGUGAUGAAACCACGGAAUCCCCAACUGCUGUCACUUCACAGCAUAAACAGUCCUGGCAUCCUUUCCCCGACUUUACUCCCCAAAAGUUUAAAGAGAAGACGGCAGAGCAGCUCCAGGCCCUUCAGGCCAGUUUUCUCAGCAACUCCGUACUGACAGAUGAAGAAUUAAAUAGGUUAAGAGCGCAAACCAAACUGACCAGGAGAGAAAUUGAUGCUUGGUUUACAGAGAAGAAGAAAUCAAAAGCUUUAAAGGAAGAGAAAAUGGAAGUAGAUGAAACUAAUGCAGGUAGUUCCAAAGAAGAAGCGGGAGAAGCUUCUCCUGGAGAUGAAUCUGGUGCACCUAAGGCAGGGAGUGCAGGCAAGAUAUGUAAAAAAACACCUGAGCAAUUGCACAUGCUCAAAAGCGCAUUUGUCCGAUCCCAGUGGCCGUCACCAGAAGAGUAUGACAAGUUGGCCAAAGAAAGCGGGCUUGCUAGACCAGACAUAGUUAGUUGGUUUGGGGACACCCGUUAUGCUUGGAAAAAUGGAAACUUAAAAUGGUACUACUACUAUCAAAGCUCCAAUUCAAGUGGUAUGAAUGGUCUGUCUUCCCUUAGGAGAAGGGGGAGAGGGAGACCCAAAGGAAGGGGAAGAGGAAGGCCACGUGGGCGGCCUAGAGGAGGCAAGAGAAUGAACAACUGGGACAGGGGGGCGUCACUCAUAAAAUUUAAAACUGGAACUGCAAUACUUAAGGAUUAUUACCUGAAGCACAAAUUUCUUAAUGAGCAAGACCUGGACGAACUUGUUAACAAAUCACACAUGGGCUAUGAGCAGGUCAGAGAGUGGUUUGCCGAAAGACAGAGAAGAUCAGAGUUAGGUAUAGAGUUAUUUGAGGAAAAUGAGGAGGAAGAUGAAGUUAUUGACGAUCAGGAAGAGGAUGAAGAAGAAACAGAUGAUAGUGACACCUGGGAACCCCCACAACAUGUGAAGCGGAAGCUUUCUAAAUCAGAUGACUGAAAUGAAAGAAUUAAAAAACAAAAACUAAAAAGAAGGGGGAAAGUAUACUGAAGGAAAGACUUGCCACAGGGGUGAGGAUUGCUCAGUUUCAGGAAACUAGGUGAAAACGGUAUCUUUUUCUUUCAUUGUAUUACCCCCCAAACUCUUAGUUUUUUUAAAAAAAUAUAUUUUAUUGAUUUUUUACAGAGAGGAAGAGAGAGAGAUAGAGAGUUAGAAACAUCGAUGGGAGAGAAACAUCGAUCAGCCGCCUCCUGCACAUCUCCCACUGGGGAUGUGUCCGCAGCCCAGGUACAUGCCCUUGACCGGAAUCGAACCUGGGACCCCUCAGUCCACAGGCUGAUGCUCUAUCCACUGAGCCAAACCGGUUUCGGCUAGAUUUUUAACUAAAGUUUAAAAUGCUUUAUGUAUUAAAAAUAACUCAAUAUUUUUUCUAUUAAAAGCCAAAGCUCUAUUUUAGGCCAUAUAUAAAUUCCAUGUUUACUUGGGUGGCAUCUGUUUUUAAAAACUGUAAUAUAAAUUAUUUCUGUUUUAGAGAUCAAAAGGUAAACAACAAGUUUGAUAUUAAAUUAACUCAAUUGCCUAAAAUGUCUUUUCAUUCUUUGAUAUAAAACAAACCUGCUACCAGCAAAAAUGCUGUAUUUAGUAAAAAGUAUCUCUCUGUAGUCAUAAAAGUGCAAGUAAAUAUGCUUUAAAUGUAAAGGUUUGGCAUAUUCCUUAAAUCUUCAUUCUUUUAUAGGUUGGAUUAAUUAAAACGUCACUGUAGUUGCAAAUCACAUAUCUGGUUUGGAGUUAGAACUUUAAUUCUUACUACUUUUGGAAUUCAGUAGCAUUGUUCUAUUCUUUACUCUCAGUUUUUGAGCGUUCCAGGAUAAAACUAUACAAUGCAGUUGUCAUGAAAUGUUUGUAUAUGUCUAUCAGUAGUCCAGAAGCAUCUUGUUAUCUGAAAUCACUGCAGUGUUGUCAGACUGUAAGGGAGGGAACAAGGCAUAGACUCUUAUGAUGAUAUGAGCAUAUUUAUGUAUUUCCUUAGCUUUUUGCAUCCCUAUCCCAGCCUCUACUUUUAUCCUCUCUUUUUCUGCACAGUAUCUCCUUCAUUCCUCCACAUCUUCCUUCAUGGUUUUAUUUAUUUUGUUAUAACAAUUGCUUAUAGAGAGCUAUGUCCCAGACACUAUUCUUACUGUUUAGCAAUCCUUUUCCAAGUUUUCUUUUCAUGAACAUUUUUUUUUUCAGGCAGAGAAAAAGAUGACACUAAAAAUGCACCUACUUUUGAAUAAAUCUCACUCAGGUUAUAGAACAAACUGUAUUGUAGGUUACAAGAAGUUAAAUAGUUUUGUACAGCUUUAUCCUGAGGCAGUCCUCCAUUUCCUAAUGUCGGAACUCUUCAGGACAGGCUUUCUUCUGACCCAGAUGCAUAAAAUAUUUUUAACAGGCUGCCUUUUUUUUUUUUUUAUUGCUAGACACAAGAAUGUGCACUCAGCCAAGAUUAAAACAACAAAAUUUUUGCCGCAAUGAAUUGUUGUAGUAACCUCUGCAGUGAUUUUUGGGGGAAUUGCAGUCUUCUAAAACUAAUGUGAACUUUUAUAUAAUUUAGUUUGACCUUACUUUAAGUUUGUGUGGAUAAUUCUUAUAUUAAUACUUAAAUAGGUACUAUGAUUAAAAAAUUCACACAAAGCCACAGUUUUCAAAAAUUGUGUCAUAUAUGUUUUAUGUGUACUUUUGUGGUACAUAUACAAACUUGCCUUGCUCUUAAAAUAUGCAAAAGUCUGAAAUUAUAAAGACAUUAAUCAACAAAUUAUUGGCUUAACAAAUUAAGUUUUUAUCCUACAAAAGGAUUCACCUUAAGUUUCCUCUCAAUAGUUACUUUUUCAUUUAAAUAUAGUUCAACUUACGAAAAAAAGGAACCAAAACCUUUCCAAAGUAGUUAUUGCAAAAAGUAAUAUACAGUAGUACCCCCUUAUCCUUCCGGGAUAUGUUCCAAGACCCUCAGUGGAUGCUGAAACCGCAGAUAGUACCAAGCCCCUUAUAAACUAUGUUUUUUCCUAUAUGUACGUACCUAUGAUAAAGCCUAAUUUAUAAAUUAGGCACAGUAAGAGAUUAACAAUAAUAACUAAUAAAAUAGAACAAUUAUAAUAUCCUAUAUAAUAAAAGCCUAAUAUGCUAAGUGUCCGGUCGGCUGGUCAGCCGUUCAACCAAUCAAAGCGUAAUAUGCUAAUGAUAUGCUAAGGCUGCUCAACCGCUCACUAUGAUGUACACUGACCACCAGGGGUCAGACAGUCGACCGGUCAACCAGUCACUAUGACGUGCACUGACUACCUGGGGGGCAGACGCUCUAACUGGUAGGUUAGCUUGCUGCUGGGGUCCGGCCGAUGGGGACUGAGCGAGACAGGCUGGACACGCCCUAGAGCCCUCCCGCGGUCCCUCCCUGGCUGGCCAAUAGUGCACCGGUGGGGUCCCUCGGCCUGGCCUGCAUCCUCUUGCAAUCCGGGACCCCUUGGAGGAUGUCAGAGAGCCGGUUUCAGCCUAAUCCUGUAGGCCAGGCCAAGGGACCCCACUAAUGCAUAAAUUUGUACACUGGGCCUCUAGUACUGUAAUAAAAGUUAUAUGAAUGUGGUCUCUCUCUCUCCCUUUCUCUCUCUCUCUCUCUCUUUUGCGCUCUCUCUCUCUCUCUCCCUCUCUCUCUCUUUCUUAACUGAUCAGAUAACCCAGAGGACUACUAAGUGGCAAAUGGGCAGGUAGUAUAUACGGAAUAGAUCUGCUGGACAGAGGGAUAAUUCACGUCCUGGGCAGGAUGGCGGGAGAUGAUGUGAGAUUUCAUCAUGCUGCUCAGAACAGCAUGCAAUUUAAAACUUAUGAAUUGUUUAUUUCUGGAAUUUUUCAUUUAAUAUUUCUGGACUGUGGUGGACCACAAGUAACUGAAGCUGCAGAAAUCGAAACCGUGGAUAAGGAGGAUUACUGUAUAUGUGUGUCUUUUGCACAAGCCAGCCUUGUACAGUAAGUCCUCACUUAAUGUUGUCAGUAGGUCUGUGACUUUAAGCGAAGCAAUGUAUAAGGAAACCAGUUUUACCACAGGCUAAUGGAUAUAAGCAAGAAUUAAGUAUCUGCAGCAUCUCAUCAUGUUAUAACAAAAUGGUGUUGAACCAAUCAAAGUUAUUUGAGGACUUGAUGUAUAUAAAUAGAAAAAAAAUACAAGAGUUAAAAAAAGAAAAAUACAAGAGUUUAGAUUUCAUAGUUCAUUACAGACACUGACAAUGAAAUAUAUACUUACUAAUAAUUUUAAAUAAAUUAUUUCAUAUAGGUAUAUAAUAUAGGUAAAAAUUAUUACAUAGAGGUGAAAAUGUCUUUAAAGCAAAUCUAGUAUACGCAGAACACAUACAUAGGAAUUGCACACAAAAUCUAGUGCAUUAUAUAAGAUAUAUUUGGAAGUGAUCUCAGUAUUACUGAGUGAUUACAGAGGAUGUGUUUUCAUGGCUAAUUUCUCUCAUUUUUGUUUGUAAAAGAGGUAAACAUUAAAGUAUGGUUUUCUUUAAGUUUUUAGUUUUUUAUUGUGUGUGUUUUUUUUAUAGUUGCCUAAAACGUUGGAGGAGAAUCAAUUCUUCUACUCAAGCUGUCUGAUUUACUGUGAAUGGGCCCAAUAUUUAAUGACACUGAAACC